UUCCAGGUGCGGGAAAUGCGAACUCAAGCUGAUGCUUGUGGCAGGUGUGUCACCAGCUCUGAUGAAAGAGGACCUCAGACAGGUAUAAAAGGGCUGAUCCAGGCUCCUGGGUCACACCGACGGAUCCAUUCCCUGCAAACCCUCCUCGGAGACCAGGCUUUGAGGUUUGUCCCUGGUUGCUGCAGGUACCUCCGGAGCUCAGCCAUGUCCUCCAGCACCCACAGCCACGCCGGGAGCCGGCAUUUCCCCGGGAACUGCACCCUGGAGAAGGCCCUGCAGACCGUGGUGGAUGUUUUCCACCGAUACAGCAUCCGCCAGGGCGAGCUCGACCUCCUCAACUUCAACGACUUCAAGACGCUGCUGACGGAGCAGGCGCCGUCCUUCCUGACGGCCUGUGACAGGAACAAACACGGCUACAUGAACGAGCUCUUCCAAGAGACCGACCUGAACAAGGACAGUGAGCUGAGCUUUGAGGAGUUCACCAUCGUGCUGAGCAAGGUGGCCGACGACGCCCAUCGCAUCAGCCACGACUCCGACCGCUGCGGGCCGGACCAGGACUGAGCCCGGACACGGAAAACUGGGAAAAGGAAGCUUUAGGAAUUGGGCUGCUGUAGGAAUCGGGCUCUGUCUGCUCUCUGCCUGCUUGGGACAGCCCCACUCAUGAGACAAUAAAGCAUCGCUUGAAAUU